UUCCGUUUCCGUGGCGCUGGACGUGCUCGGGCGCGAGCGGGGCGGGGCGACGUGUUGUGGGGGUCGAAACGCGCCAGCUCGGACGCGUGCUGCUCGCUUCCCCUCCUGGACCUCGGGCUCCCCCUUCGCGGUCCGCAGCCUAGCCUGAAGCCUGCGCGAAAUGCAGGUCUGCGCGCUUCGCUGCGCUGGAUCGCCAUUUCCUCCCUCCCCUCCCCCUUCCGCGGGCAGGCAGCCAUGCACUCCAUUACGCAUUCCGCAUUGCCAUUACGCGCUACCCGUGUCAUGUCCCAUGGCUUCCUUCUCCUGCUUCCAAGUUCGCGUGCGCGAGCGUGCCUGCCUGUUACGUGGCCAGCCCGGCUCGGGUCGCGCCCGCGGCGGGCGGCUUGGUUUGGCUCGUCCGUGGCUCGCCCUUCUAGUGCGCCUGCGUGUCAAUGCUGUUGCGCAUACUUUUGCGGAUCGCCGGAUACGGAUACGGAUGGCGGGCCGUCUGACUCGUCCCCUUCCGUCUCGAUUCCGUUUUGGCUUUUCGUCCCGGACGCCCUUGUGCGCACGGACAUGCGGUUUGGCUCCUCCAUCGUGGACCCCCCGCCUUAUGCUGGUGCUGCCGCGAGCCCUCCCCUCUGCGCAUCCACAUUACCCAUUGGCAGGCCACGGUUGCCUAUGAUUUGCAUCGCUUUUUCCGUACGUACACUACGCUUUGUUGACAAACACACUCGUGCCCGGGAGCGGGAACGUGCCCUGAUCCGCCCCCACCGCCGCCGCCGCGCGCUCCGGCGUGCACGGCGCUCCCUCCCUCCCUCCCUCCCCGUCCCUGCUCCGUCUAUCCAGCCAACGCGCGGCGCAUGA